AUGAGCUUCGUCAGCAGGCAGAGAAGAACGACGAACUUCUCGUUGGUUUGUUGGCUUGGUUUUAUUUUUGUAGAAAGGGAAAAACGAAGAGUUGGAAUCACUAAAGAAGAAAGUGGAGGAGCUCAAAGUGCUCUUGGCCAAGGCGAAGUAUCUUCUACCGCGCCUGCUAUGUCUUCGGGACGUCUCCUGAAGAGUGAACCUCGGAAGGGGCGUUCCAUCUCGGAAGAUCGGAUAAAGUUUAUUGAGGAAGAAUACGAUUAUCUUUCCGUUGAGAUUGCAGCUUGGUUGUCUCAACUCUUGGGGAAGGAGAUUGAUUCGAAUUUGGCAGAAUCGCUGAAGAGUGGUGUGGCUUUGUGUGAAGUGGUGAAACAUUGUCUUCCUUCCGUCGAAAUUGGCAAAUAUCAUGAAAGCGAAGGUAGCUGAGUCGUAGCGCUGCUAUUUGUACUAGAUAAGAAUUCGUUUUAUGCGCGAGAUAAUCUGACAAUCUUUGCAAAGUGUUGCCAGAGCAUGGGGAUCGAUGCAAACGAUUGUGUGAGUGUUUCAAUGUUUGAUCGUGGGGAUAAGAAGCAAAUUGUGAACGCUUUGCUUCAUUUUGCAUUAGCAGGAAUCAAAUUUGGCCUUAAACCGAUUUCUAUCAAGGACAAAGAUCGUGUGCAGUCGUUUGUUGAAUCCAUGCCGGAAGAUGUGGUGAAAGGGCUUCGCGAAAUGGUGGAAGAUGCAGAGACAACCAAAGCAACUGAAGCAGCCGAAGGAACAACGAAGGAACAAGUCGUUGAAAAGGAAUGGG